AUGGUGUUAUUGCUCAAGAUUUUGAUGGAUUAUGAUGAUGUAAAUGGCGAGGUAGUAGGAAGUUCUACUAAUUACCAAGGAAGAGAUGAUGACGAUGCAAUUGUUGGGAGUUCUGCUGACGGACUAGACAUUAAGGUGGACGAAGAUUCCUCGGUGAGGGAGUUGUUCCAACUGGAUGAGUUGCAGGAUGUUAAUUGCGUCGACGAACCAUAUGUGGGCCAAGAGUUUGAGUCUGAAGCUGCAGCACAUGCUUUUUAUAACUUGUAUGCGACAAGAGUUGGUUUUGUCAUCCGUGUGAGCAAGCUUUCUCGAUCAAGGCGUGAUGGCACUGCCAUUGGUCGGGCACUGGUUUGCAACAAAGAGGGAUUCAGGAUGCCUGACAAACGUGAGAAGAUCGUAAGGCAAAGGGCUGAGACAAGGGUUGGUUGCAGAGCCAUGGUUUUAGUUAGGAAACUGAGUUCGGGUAAAUGGACGGUUACAAAAUUUGUGAAGGAGCAUACUCAUCCUCUAACUCCUGGUAAAGGCGGAAGGGAUCUCAUUUAUGACCAAUACCCCAACGAGCAUGAUAAAAUCCGGGAACUAUCGCAACAGCUAGCAGUUGAAAAAAAGAAAGUUGCUACAUACAAAAGGCAUUUGGAAAUGAUAUUCGAACACAUUGAGGAACACAAUCAAUCUCUUGGAAAGAAGAUCCAAAACAUUGUGAACAGUGUCAGAGAUAUGGAAACCAAAGAAGAAGUAGAUCCUAGAUCUUAGAAGUAUAGGUGAUUGAUUAUUUUACAAACUUUUGUCCCCCAACUUAGGUCUGGACUGAAUGAACUAGUUUGCAUUGGGUUUUGUAGUCAGUCUAGUGUACAUUAGUAGUAGGAAUAGUGGGUUCAGAGUGUGUGUGUGUAUUGUGUGCACUAUCAAUUGAAUAUGAAUUGAGAGGUUUUUACAUGAA